AUGCGUUUGUUUAUAUAUCUUUCUGAUUUGUUUACAUUGUCGAAACAAUUAUCAAAUUUAUAUAACCUAUAUGAUGAAUAUUUUCGUACAUUAAAUGAAGUCAUUAAUAAGUUAGGGUUUAUAAAAAUCUGGCAUAUUACUUGGACAAAAACAACAAAAGAGUAUAGUGAAUUAUUUAUAAAUGAACAUGUUAAUAAAGAACAAGAAAUGAUUUAUCGAUUAUUAAUAAUAUCAUCAUCAGAUAGUAUUCUUAUUGAACCUGUUGAAGAAUUAUGUGAACGUAUUAAACAACCAUCAACAUUACCAUUGUUGCUUGCACAUAUUGGCUUAUCACAUCGUUUAAUGAAUAAAAUGAUUUUAGAAUUUGCUGCAUCAAUACAACACUUAUAUCCUCAAAUAGUUGCAUAUACAGUUUCUGCCGUUUUUUUUGUGCUUUAA